GCGCCACUACCACAAAACGACAAAACACUUCUCCUUCCUUCGUUCCUUCCCUACGGUCCUCUUCAGCUUUCGAAAGAAGCAGAGCAGAGCAGAGCAGAGCAGUACAGUGCAGCUACAGUCUGUAAUAGUUAACAUAACCCCCAAUAUAAUUACUAUUGUAUACAGGGACGACGGGCUUUGUAAUCGCCGCCGAUCGAUGAAUCCAAUCCUCUUUUCCCCCCUUUCGAUUUCAUCACCUAUACUUCAUUAAUUAAUUAAUUGCAUUCGAUUUCCUUCCCUGGAGGAAUCAAUCCUAUUUCCAUUUUCUCAGAUUAACCUCCUAAAAUGGCUCUUCAUCUCGCCGCCGUCGUCAACCUCCACUCCGCACCUUCGCCAAUUUUCCGGAAAUGCAGCUCCAAAGUGCCGCCCUCGCCCUUUUCUUCAACUUCGUCUCCGAAAUUCCGAAUUCAAGCUAACGCAUUAAAAAUUGGCGACGGGCCUCGGGAUAACGACGAAUCUCCACUCGUGGUUUGCUUUGGGGAAAUGCUGAUCGAUUUCGUGCCGACGACGAGCGGACUCUCGUUGGCCGAAUCGCCGGCGUUUAAGAAAGCUCCCGGAGGUGCACCGGCUAACGUCGCCGUCGGCAUUGCUCGCCUCGGCGGCAAUUCGGCGUUCGUCGGAAAGGUCGGCGACGAUGAAUUUGGGUACAUGCUCGCCGAUAUUUUGAAAUCGAACAAUGUAAACAAUCAAGGAAUGAGGUUCGAUCCCGGCGCUCGAACCGCUCUAGCAUUUGUAACUCUCCGAAACGACGGAGAGCGCGAGUUUAUGUUUUACCGCAAUCCGAGCGCCGACAUGUUGCUUCGAGUCGACGAACUCGAUUUAGACUUAAUUAAGAAGGCGACGAUUUUCCACUACGGCUCGAUAAGCUUGAUCACAGAGCCUUGUAAAUCGGCUCACAUAGCUGCGGCAAAGGCUGCCAAGGAUGCCGGUGUGAUUUUAUCGUACGAUCCGAACUUGAGGCUUCCGUUAUGGCAGUCUGGAGAAAGCGCCCGGGAAGGUAUUCUAAGCAUUUGGGACACCGCCGACAUAAUUAAGAUCAGCGAAGAGGAGAUAUCAUUUUUGACGAAAGGAGAAGACCCGUAUGACGAUAAUGUGGUUCGAAAAUUGUUCCACGAUAAUCUUAAAUUGCUGCUCGUCACCGAAGGCCCCGAAGGGUGCCGGUAUUAUACCAAAGAGUUUAGUGGACGAGUGGACGGUCUGAAGGUUGAAGCCGUGGACACCACAGGCGCCGGAGAUGCUUUUGUGGCGGGUAUUUUAGCGCAGCUUUCGUCGGAUUUGUCGCUUCUAAAGGAUGAGGGCAAGUUAAGAAAUGCCUUGAGAUUUUCCAAUGCUUGCGGAGCCUUGACUGUGACGGAACGGGGCGCUAUUCCGGCUUUGCCUACCCGGGACGCCGUUAUGAAUGCUUUGCUCAAGUCGUCCGUGGCAUAGGUUCGUUUUCUUUCAUGAUCGUAUAUAACUAACCGAGUAUGAUCUGGCGAUUUUCAUCGACAACUUGUCUGGUUCCAUCAAGUUGGAUCUCCGGUUUUUCUAUUUUACCUUUUUUUUUUGUCGAAUUAUCCGGUAAACAGUAUAGUAUAGUAUAGUAUUUAGAUCACUUGCCGUGUAAUCAUUGAAAGAUUUUUAGUAGAAUUGAGUUGAGUAUGGGUAGCAUAAUAGGUUCGAAUUGAAAUAAAACUCAAACCCGACCCAUCGACAUUCCUAAUACGAACAUAUUAAGGUUACACAGCAUAUAUUGUAUUUAUGUUAAAAGUAACAUUGUUUGUUAGAUUUUGUCAAAUCAGUAGCUGAUUUAAUAGAA